AAGAAAAAAUUAAUACGUAUCAUCAGAAUAUUAUCACAAUUUGUUGAUGGCGAAAAUCUGUUUUUUUUGCGAAACAGGUUCAGCUUCCAAUAGUUUCACCGAUACCGCCACCGCCAGUUCAUACAACGAAACAUGCAAGUAAAUUCGAAUAUAUGCGUAUGUAUGUAUGUACUCUGCUAGCAAGAGAAAAACAGAAACAAACGUGACGCGUUUUUCAACACUGUAAAAUAUUCUCGGCGCAAAUUCUCGGUGCAAAUUCUUAGUGCUGGUAAACUGAGGCAGGAUAAAAAAAAAGGAUAAAUAAACAAGAACAGUGUAAAAUGGAUGGAAACUUAAAAGAUUUGGCUGUGGAAACGUACAACCGUGUGGUCACGGCAGAGCUACGCAUUAACGAACUGGUUCAGGAACGUUUAAGCUUUGGCGAUCCGCUGUGGCGCUUCUUCACCGUUUAUCUGGAGCCGGGAUUCCUCUUCAAUCUGCUAAUUCCCAUGUGCGGCAUCUACAGCCAGGCUCUGCUCACCCGGCUGCUCUUUGCGGUCGGACUGGCCAGCACGCUGAACUCCUUUUUCAAGUGGAUACUUCCCGAGCAGCGUCCUUUGUGGCUGCUCCGAGAGAUGUAUGCGAGCAGUGUGCGCUACCCCAGCCCCGUCGUCGCCCUGGAGAGCCAUCCGCUAAGCUGCGAAACGACUGCCGGCAUGCCCUGUGCCCAUUCCAUGUCCUUCACCGUGUUCACUCUUACCAUCUGGAUGUUCCUCUACGCUCAAUCCCGCCAGCGGUGGCUCAAAGGUACAGUGGUCCCCGGCUUGAUUUUCUGCAUGUGGCUAAGCCGCCUGUACUUGGCCACGGAGUUUCUGCACCAAUGUGUCCUGGGCACUUUCAUUGGCAUGCAGGCUAUGGACGCCCUGAACCAAAAUGCUGACUAUUUGUGGUCGAGGAGUCGUCGCUGGGCAGUGACUGGAGUUUUCCUGCUGGGUGGCCUUUCCGCCGCAGUGUAUUUCGUGAAGCUUAGCCUGGACGUCGAUCCGCAUUGGUCUGUGCGAGAGGCCUUCAAGUGGUGCCCGGAUCCUUCAUACAUGCGACACGAGGCAAGUCCCAUUUUCUAUCUGGUACGCGACCUGGGAAUUCUCAUGGGCAUGGCUCUGGCAUCGCCCCUCUCCGAACUGGACACAAAAAAUGCAUCAGUUUGGCGACGCUGCAUUGUCCUGGUUGUCCUGGAGCUGUUCAAUUUCGGAAUGCGCUGGGCCACGCCCAAGCAAAAUGGACGUUUCGCCUUCUUGGCCUACGAGCUGUUCAGAAAUGCUUUGCACUCUCUGUUACUGCUAAAGUACAUACCAAAGUUGAAGUAGUUUUUGGAUUCAUUUUAGAUUACACAAUCGUGUCGGGUAGGUAUGUAUUACUUAAGGGUAUACGAGUUUAUACUCGUAUGAUUAGCUGUGAAAGAAUGCUUCCAACUAAAGAUUACAUUAAGUAAGAGCAUCCCUAGAGGCUAUAUUGAAUACAAUCUUCUUGUAAAUAUUCUAUCCUUUUCUGUGGAUACAAAAUAGAAGAACUCACUAGAAAUAAACGAAAGCAAUAGCAAGUUAAGAAUAUUAAGAACUCGUCUAACCAACAAUUGAUAACUAC